CUGACUUUUCUUUCUUCCAGAGAAAUAAUAAACUGGUCCAUCCUGAAGCUGCUGUGAAGCUGUUAACAUGGCAAGACAGACUUCAGGUCGGAAGAGGAGGUUCCGUGAGGAGGAAGAGGAGGACAGUGUAGACUCAGGAUUCAGCUCUCUGUCUACACAGAGUGACCAGUCCAUAGGGGAACCUCCAUUCUUCAGACUGACUUCAGGCCGGAAGAGGAGGUUUCUUGAGGAGGAAGAGGAGGACAGAGCAGACUCUUCAAUAUCCAAAGGGGAACCUCCAUUCUUCAGUAAUGAACCCUCAGACACAGAGAACAGCUCGUCCAAAUAUAAUGACAUCAUCUCUGAAAGUGUUCUGAUCCAAUCAGGAUCUCCCGCUGUCUACCAGCUGAAACCAAAGAAAGAGAAGAUUGGAACUCUAACAAGAAUGACUCUUGGUGAAAAAAAUCUGAACAAGACAAACAGAACCAUUUUACUUGUUGGUGAAACAGGAGCAGGAAAAUCUACUCUGAUCAACGCUCUGGUCAACUACACCAUGGGAGUGAAGUGGGAGGACAAUGUCUGGUUUCAGAUCGUAGAGGACGAGCAGAGAAGGCAGUCAGAGAGUCAGACAUCAGAUGUGAUCGUUUAUCAGAUCUUUGGUUUUGAAGAUGAAACUCUGCCCUACUCUCUGACCAUCAUCGAUACUCCUGGAUACGGAGAUACCAGAGGGAUUGAACAAGAUGAAACAGUCAGACAAAGAUUAUUCGACUUGUUCCGCUCAGAGGACGGAGUCCAUGAGAUCAAUGCAGUGGGUCUGGUGCUGAAAGCAACUGAGAAUCAACUCAGUGACAGAGUGAGGUACAUCUUUGAUUCAGUGAUGUCUCUGUUUGGAAAAAACAUGGAGAAGAACAUUGUUGCCCUCAUCACUCACUCAGAUGGUCUGACACCUGAAAGUGCUCUAAAAGCUCUAGAAGAUGCAAACAUUAAAUGUGCCAAGAACGAGGAGAAUGAGUCGGUUUAUUUCCUGUUCAACAACCACCAGAACAAACAGAAAACAAAGAGAAUCACAGCUGCUUUAAAAAGUGCAUGGAGCUUAACAACAGUAGGUAUGAGUCAAUUCACUGACUUCCUGAAAGAAACUGAACCUCAGAAGCUGAUGACAACUGUUGAAGUGUUGAAUUCACGAAUCAGACUCAAAGCCUGCAUCCAAAACCUGAAAGAGAGAGUUGAGUUUAUUGAAGUAAAACAGAAAGAAAUCCAACAGACUGAGGAAGCUCUGAAGAAAUAUGAACAAGAGAUGAAGAACAAUGAGAAGUUCACUGUAGAAGUUGAUGAGGUCUACAAAAAUAAACAAUCUAUUGAUGGUGGGGGGUGGUUGUUUUAUGAAGGAGCUGUCUGCUGUAAAGUCUGUGAAGAGAACUGUCACUAUCCUGGAUGUACAAUGACCUGGAGUCCAGCACGCUGUGUGGUCAUGAUAGAUGGCCGCUGCACUUCAUGUACCAAGAAGUGUCCUGUAUCAGCUCAUGUGAAAGAAAAGUGGAUCUAUGUGAACAAGACAAGAAAAGUUCAGAAGAUCUUAGAAGAAGUGAAAGAGAAGUAUGAAAAGAACAAGACAGAAAGUGAGAGCAGGUUGAGCAUUUUGGGAAAUCUAAAGAAGAAAACAGAAGAACUUCAGAAAGAUAAAGAUCAGUGGUUGGAAGAGUCCUUCCAGCAUGUUCUCACACUGGAGCAGAUCGCCCUGAAUACUGAUUCACUGUCCACUCUUGUCCACUUGGACUUCCUGAUUGAGAAGAUGAAGGAGAAAGGAGACACAGAGAAGGUCCAGAAACUGGAAGAGAUGAAAAGACGAGUGGAUAAAGAUAAAUGAGUCCGGGCAGCGUUGAGUUACGGGUUCAGUAAACUAACAGCAUCUGGUAAAGAGCUGAUGAAGUAAGUUCCAGCGUCAUUGUGAGCUCUCAGUAUCAACGACUGGGACAUAGCUAACAGUUCUGCCUUUACAUGGAGUGAGGACGCCCCCUGGUGGUUAAUGUGGGGUACAACAGCUCCCUCCCAAUAACACGUGCAGUGAACUCAUGAACAUCCUGUUGUUGGCUCCAGUUAAUGUGUGUUAUCUCAAAGUGCUCCAAGAACUGAGGACAGACUGCCUCUCCUCACUCACAUCUGUGUAAUGCUGAUGAUGGCUCUCGCUUGCAACCAAUAAAGAUCCACUGAGAAUCUGAA